CUGUCAUUCUGUCAGAAAUGCUAUUAAGUUUCACGGGCUGUCAAAGAAAAUAAAAACAAACGAAUCGGGGCGGUGGCGUUGCACCGCAAACCCAAACAAUAAUUGCUAAGACGAAGAAAGCGUAAUGUCCGUAAUCUAAUUACCGUAGUGAGGUAAUACCGCCGAUCAAGCGACUACAAAGUCAUCACCGGGCAGGAAUACCGCAGCACUUUUCCGAGAUGAGACCUCAAGGCGACUACAGGAAUGGCGAUGGACGAGAGGAAGACAGCGAAGGCGAAGAAAGCAGUGCACUUGAAGACGAGUUAUCCUUGUAUGACCCCGAUGCCCCAGCACGAGCUUUAAGCGCUUUAAACGCUUUACGCAAGUCCCGACAGCAUUAUGACGCGGUUCUCGUCGCCGGAGGAACUGAGGUUGCCGCCCACAGAGCAGUCCUCGCUGCUGCCUCGCCAUACUUACUGGAAGCGUUAUCACCAGCCCCCGUGACCACAUCACCAGCACCGGCUUCCGCUCCUGUGUACCGGGUGGAAGACGUGGACGCGGACGCCUUGAGGGAACUUGUGGAAUACGCUUACACCGGUCGAGUUCGGGUCAAAGAUACGCUCUCGGCCCGGAGAUUGUAUCGUGCCGCCUGGAGGCUGCGUGUCGAGUCGGUCAGGGCUCACCUGGCGGACCGUUUGCUGAAGCGAUUGGCUCCGGCAGAUUGUCUGGAGGUUCGGUCUCUUCCCGAUCUUUCGCCCCAUCAUUUGGCACAGCUGGACGCUUAUAUUGCUCAGCAUUUCGAAGCGGUAUGCGAGACUGGAGCGAUGGCAGCCCUGCCUGUCGUCCGCAUCGAACUGUUGAGGGAGGGGCCGAUACAGGGAGUGACCACCGCUGGAGGCGAAGACGCUCCACAUGCUAUAGCCGACGCAGCACUUACGUGGUUAAGAAGUCACGCACCGGAAUAUGAUCUGGAGGAGCUGUGCUCGAGGACCCACCUGCUGUACGUCGCCGAGCGUGGGUCGCUGCGGGACUGCGGCGAGCUGCCCGCCACCCGCGGCGACGCGCCCGAGCUGCAGGAGUACCGCCGCGAGGCCGCCCAGCGCGCCAAGCGCAGCCGCGACGCCGGGCCCGCCUCCGCCGCGCGGCCCCUGCCCGGCCUCGAGCUGGGCGCGCGCUGUGCCCGCCCCGCCUGCGCCGUGCUCGCCGCCAGGGCCGCCUCUGGGGGCUCCACACGCGCGUUACUCGCCGUGCGGGGUAGGCUGGCGGCUGCUCGCGUGUCGUGGCGGGACGUGGCCGCGGGCGGCGCCACCGGCACUCGAGGCGCGCUGGCUUCCGACACAGAGCCGGAUUCAGCAGAGAGGCGCGCCCACUUAGCGACCGGCCGCUGCGCUCACGGCAUCGCGGUGCUAGACGGGCGUCUCGUGGUGUGCGGCGGCUACGACCGCGCGCGCGUGCUGCGGACCGCGGAACAGUACGACCCUUCCACCAACACGUGGUCAGCUCUGCCGGACAUGCGGUGCGCUAGAGCUCGGUUCCCGGCCGCGGUCCUCAACCACACGGUGUACGCGGUGGGGGGCAGCGAUGGACACACUGAACUGGACUCGGUGGGAGCCCUUCAGAACGGCUCGUGGCAGGCGAAGGCGAAGCUGCCCCUCGCGCUGUCGUACGCCGGAGCGGCGGUUGACCCCGAGGGAGAGAAUCUGUACAUCAUCGGCGGCUGGGCCGGAGGGGUCAACCUGAAAAGAGUAUUGAAGUAUUCGGCUAGUGAAGACAAAUGGACAGAGGCCCCUCCUCUCAACGCGGGUCGGUCGCAAUGUUCUGGAGUGUGGUGGGAGGGGUCUUUGUGGGCACUGGGAGGCUGUGACGCAUGGCACUGCUUGUCGUCGACUGAGACUCUGACCAUAAAUGGGGGCCAGUCGUGGAGCCCCGGUCCCCCCUUGCCGACAGCCCGGCGCUCCGUUGGGGGCUGCGUGUGGGGGUCGAGGCUCAUCUCGGCGGGGGGCUCGGACGGAGCCGCCUCGCUGCGGAGGACCGACUGGCUGGAGACACGCGACGGUACUUGGAAAGCUGGGCCUAAUAUGAGGAAAGCCCGCGCUGGCGUGGGGCUGGCCGUGGUGGGGGGCGUGGUGUACGCGGUGGGAGGGUUCGACGGCAAGGAGUUCCUCUCGUGCGUGGAGUGCCUGUACUCGCCCGACGGGGAGUGGACCUCGCUGUGUGUGCCGCCCGCCAACAUCAGGAGCAUCGCCAAUCAUUCGGAGAAGAAAGAGAACGGCGUGCACUCGGAUUGAUACAACGUAAAUAAACUAUUAAUUAAAACGAACCUAAUUAUUAUGUUAUGACGUAUGAUUUUAGUUAUGCACUUACUCUUAGCAAAUCUGGGUUAAUUUUUUAUGUUUGUUGAGCAAAGUUUGAGAUCGUUUGAGGCACAACGCUGCAGAGUUUGCAUACGAGCCGAUCUAUUAGCAGGUCCUGUAUCUUAUUUACGAAUUAUUUAUGUUCGCCGUAGUUAUUAUAAAUUAUUAACUCUAUACUGCGUUCACUGGCGCCGCUGUGCAUCCGUCUCUUUCGCACGCGUGACGACAAACGCGAGAGUGAGCGAGAUCGGUGUCAAGAUCAAAAUACCCUAUAAACAAUCCAGAUUGCAUUACUUUUAAAGGAAUGAUGCGAAAUUCGCCAGACCUCACACAUUUUGGGUCAAUGGGAAUACUUGGAACUCGCGUCUCAAAGUCUGUGACCCAAGAUCUGUGAACGGAUAUGGAUCGAUGAAAACCUUUAAAUAAUAAUUGCGUAAUUAAUAUCGGCGUUUUAAAUUUAUAUAGAGGUGAUAUUUGUGAAAAGAAUAACGCAUAUAUCGUUUAGCUUGGUCGGUCCAUAGACAAGUACCUGCGUCGACGUGUAAUCUUUGUCUAUGGUUUUGAAAGUAUAAACGUAAUAUUACCUCGGUCCGCGUUUAAAUGAGUUCCGCACCUCGUCCGCCUUGACUUAAAGUUGAAAAUCGUAUAACAUACUUUACGGUACGCCUGAAGUGGGGUUCUGAUCAACACGGCGCUUUCAAAAGACUGGUUUGAAUAUUAGCCGUGGAUGUUUCAAAGACAGUAUGCUGUUAGAUCCGGCUCAUACAGUUGCUUAGAAACAUUUUUUUGCAAUUAUAUACCUUAUUAACGUGCACAUAAGCCAUCUUAAAUACCGCCCCAAAGUAAGCGUUCCAGUUUGAAGAGUGGGACAGAACUUAUGGAAUAUAAAUUAAUAUUUACGUUGUACUUGUAUGGACCCCGGGAUCCCGCGAGACCAGUGUACUGGGGCACGUGUCCGCGUAGAGAUUCUAUAGUGACGUGGGUUUAGUUAAAUUUGCUAUUGAGUCAGCGCUCUGAUAUAGCGGUUGGCACUGACUUCGCUUCGCCUGCGCGGGCUGGCGGUCUCUUCUUAACUAUUAGAAGCGUUUAAAAAAAUCGAUUUAUAGAACAUUAACUACCUCAAAAAAA